AGGACCGUGAGGGACAUCCGAUCCGCUGAACUCAAGGGUACCCAGGAGGGGAGGACCCUGCCCCAAGGGCCAGAGCAAGGCCAGGAUGGCGGUGCUUGCGGGAAAGGCCAUGUUCAGUCUGACGAUGCUUCUGCUUCUGCUCUCAUUCCUUCUGCACCUCUCCGGGGCCUUUCCGGUACGUUGGGAAUCCCCGGAAGAGGAGACCACGCAAGUCGUUCGGAAUUACCUGGAGAGGUUCUACCAGCUGCCGCGGGGCGGAUACCGGUCCAGAUGGAGCAAUGGCACCAGUGUGGUUGUGGACAAGCUCAGAGAGAUGCAGCGAUUCUUCGGCUUGAACGAGACGGGGAAGCCAGAUGAGGAAACGCUGGAGAUGAUGCAGAAGCCGCGCUGCGGGGUGCCUGACAACGGGGACUUCAUGGUGACCCCGGGAAACCCCAGGUGGAAACAUACGAACCUGACCUACAGGAUCCUGAAGUACACCACGCAGUUGUCCCAGGCCAAGGUGGAAACUGUCAUUAGCACAGCCUUUCAAAUAUGGGCUAACGCAUCAUCCUUGACCUUCACCAAGAUCUCGCAGGGAGAAGCGGACAUCAAUAUCGCUUUUUACGAAGGAGAUCAUGGUGACAAUUCUCCAUUUGAUGGACCCAAUGGAAUCCUCGCUCAUGCCUUCCAGCCAGGCCCAGGUAUUGGGGGAGAUGCUCACUUCGAUGAACAAGAAACAUGGACCACAAAUUUUGAAAAUUAUAAUUUGUUUCUUGUUGCUGCCCAUGAAUUUGGCCAUUCCUUGGGGCUCUCUCACUCCACUGACCCGGUUGCCUUGAUGUAUCCCAUCUAUGCUUUCCGUGAACCCAGCACCUACACCCUCCCUCAAGAUGACAUCAACGGCAUUCAGGCCAUCUAUGGACCUUCAAGCAACCCUGUCCAACCAACCGGACCAAGCACACCCACAGCCUGUGACCCCAGACUAACAUUUGAUGCCAUUGCCACACUCCGUGGAGAAAUCUUAUUCUUUAAAGACAGGUACUUCUGGAGAAGGCACCCCCGGAUGCCAGAGGUGGAGCUCAACUUCAUCUCUCUGUUCUGGCCGGCCCUGCCAGACGGCAUCCAGGCCGCGUACGAGGACUCGGACAAGGACCUAGUUUUCCUAUUUAAAGGCAGCCAGUACUGGGCUCUGAGUGGCUAUGACAUUGAGCCAGGUUAUCCCAAGGACAUCUCAAACUAUGGCUUCCCAAGCAGUGUCCGCGCAAUUGAUGCUGCUGUUUACUACAGGGGAGAAAUCUUCUUCUUUGUAAACAACCAGUUCUGGAGAUACAAUAACCAAAGACAAUCCAUGCAAACGGGUUAUCCCAAAAACAUAGCAAGCAUCUUUCCAGGAAUAGAAAGUAGAGUUGAUGCAGUUUUCCAGCAGAAUCACGUCUUCCUCUUCUUCAUCGGACCCACGUAUUAUGCGUUUGAUCUUAGCGCUCACAGGAUUACUAGGGUUCAAAGAAGCAACAGAUGGCUUAACUGCAGAUAACCCUGAAGCAAAGUCACACGUGUCUGCAUCGGUUUCCUACGAAUGGAAGGAAAGUCUAGUUUGCAAAUUCAUUUUACUGUGUCCUAUUUAUACUUUUCUCACCCAUAAGUAAUGCCUGCUGUCACUGUCCUCACUGGGCCUGUCUUCCAUGAAAAUGCAUUUGGAGUAGUCCACCGUCUACAGGGCUGAUUUAGUUCUCAGCUAUUCCAGCUCAAGAGAGGAGCACUGGUCACCUCAGUACUCACUAUGUUGUUACUCAUCUGACUUCUAGAAAGCUCGUAUAUACCUGAGGCUCCUUAAACAUGUCUUAAUUAUAUCUGCUAUGUACCGUUCAGCACUGGGUUCCAGUGAGACAUAGAGCUCGUGAACAACGUAAACAGAACCUCUUGCCUUUACUGAAAACAUGGUGCUAUUUUCCAGUCUUGGAAAAAAAUCCUGUUGACCCAUGUGGUGGGUUGAAUUGUGUCCCUCCAAGAAAGAGAUAUUGAAGUCCUAGUCCUAGGUGCCUAUGAAUGUACCCUGUUUGAAACUAGAGUCUUUGGAGAUGCAGUUAGUUAAAAUGAAGUUAUCCUGGAGCAGGGGGGCCCCGGAAGAAGAGGGUCCCCGCACACACUGAGGGGGACGGUCACGUGAAGGUAAUACAGGGCCUGGAAUGAUGCAUCUACAUGCCAACAACGGCCAGCACCCAUCACAGGCCAGCAAGAGGCAAGGAAGCAUCCUUCCCAGAGCCUUCAGAGAAAAGAAUUUUAUCCUCCUAACACCUCAAUUUUAGACUCGUAGCUUCCAGAACUGUGAUAGAAUAAACUGUUUUUUAAGCAA